CCGACACAUCGCUACCUCAGACGCUUCCUACUCCAGAGGAAACGUCAGCUGGGUUGUUCGUCAUUUCAAGCUUCUGUUUACAGCAGGAUUUCAGACUGAAGUCUUGAAGAGAUCCUAUGGUGUUUUACUUGCACUCAACAUGUACUACAGCUGCUCUGCCAAGGUGUUCAAGUUUUACGUUUAGUUGAAUGGACUAAAAUCGGACUUGUCAAUUAUCACCUUUUUGUGGAACCCUGCAUCGUCCUGAAGGCCGCAGGUCCAUUGAGUUUGCAUUAAGGCCUGUAUAAAGCAUGUCGGACGGGAGGAUCUAUGUGGGGAACCUUCCCAUGGACGUGCAGGAAAGGGACGUUGAGGAUCUCUUCUUCAAAUAUGGAAAAAUUCGAGAUAUCGAGCUGAUAAACAACCGCGGGACCAUCCCGUUUGCGUUUGUUCGUUUUGAGGACCCACGGGAUGCAGAGGAUGCUGUCUAUGGAAGGAACGGAUAUGAAAUUGGAGACACUAAACUGCGUGUGGAAUACCCUCGAUCCAAAUAUAGCGGGUCAGCUGGUGGACCGAGGGGAAGGUUUGGACCUCCGUCACGCAGAUCUGAGUUUCGAGUCAUUGUCACUGGUCUUCCUCCUACUGGCAGUUGGCAGGACCUUAAAGACCACAUGAGGGAAGCAGGUGACGUGUGCUUUGCUGAUGUGCAGCGUGAUGGUGAGGGAGUGGUGGAAUUUCUUAGAAGGGAAGAUAUGGAGUAUGCUCUGCGCAGGCUCGAUGGCACAGAGUUCAGAUCCCACCAGGGUGAGACAUCCUACAUCAGAGUAAUAGAAGAGCGAGGCACAAGCUGGGGUCGAUCCCGUUCCCGGUCCAGGUCACGUGGGAGAUACUCGCCCCCAUAUCAGAGCCGAGGCUCACCUCCUCCUCGCUUCCGCUCCCCUCCACGACACCUGGGUCGCUUUAGCCCUCCCCUACGAAGAGCACCGCUUCAGCACCACAGCCCGCCACCACGCCACUAUCGAUAAACGAGCAAAAAGCGAUGUUAUUUUGACCUUCCCACCUCCUACAUCUUUAAUUUUUUAUGUUUUUUUUUUUUUUUACAUUUUGUAAUUAACAUUCCAACAGUUGCAUUUCCCUGAAAGGGUUAGUUACUUGAGUUAAAGAAUGAUUUUAAAAUAAAUAACUGAUUCUC